AUGCCGAGUUCACACAAUGAUAUAAAUGUGUUGGAUCAUUCAUCGGUAUUCAAUGGCAUCAUCAAUAGCCAAUUACCUCCGAUUAAUUAUGUAGUGAAUGGACAUCACUAUAGAAUGAGGUAUUACGUGUCUGAUGGUAUAUACCCUAAAUGGGUAACUUUGAUGCAGACCAUCCAGCACCCAACCACUACAAAAGAAAAAUUAUUUGCUCAGCGACAAGAGGCAGCAAGAAAAAAUGUGGAACGGGCUUUUGGGGUAUUGCAGAUCAAGUGGGCAAUAACACAAGGACCAGUGCGUUACUGGGAGAAAGAUGACUUGCGCCUUAUAAUGAAAACAUGCAUCAUCCUUCACAAUAUGAUCAUUGAAGAUAAGCGUCAUGCAAAUGUUGGAAGAUGGACUCCGCCACCGGAGGAUGCAAUCCCGAUUCCCACUUUAAGUCGAUGCCCAUCAGUUUUAGCGGCACACAUAUCCUCUCGCCAACUUUAG